AUGCUGGCUGCGUUCGACAGCCAGGCCACAAUUUCAUUGGGAAAAAUUCGAAUGUCACUUAAAAGUAGUGGUUUGUCGUUCAACGAAGAAUUCAAAAAAUAUUUUCUGCAGACUUCAUAUGAUCGAAUCAAGCUUACGUAUGAUCAAUUCGAAAUUAAUUCAAUAUUUGAAGAGCAAAUCGACGGUGUUGCAGAUGCAAACAUGCUAAGAUACAAUGGAUUCCAGAUGCUGAACCCAAUUAAUAGUGAAGCUCAUUACAUGACUGAGCCAGUUGGAAUUCAGAAGAUUGAUUGCAUUAAAAUUGAUGACUCAAGCGAUGAAGAAGACACCAGUAGAGCACCUGAAAUGUUGAGAAAUACUUCGAUUGAAUCUAUUCGUAUUUUUGCCAUGCAGCGACCCACAACUAUUAUGGACGAUCGAUCGGGACAACAUGGGAAAAGUUUUGCAUCGAUCAAUGAUUAUGGUGAAAGUCGUAUUGGUUCAACCGUUAUUAAGAAGCGGACGAUUGAUCCAAAAAUAAGUUCAUUUGAAGAAAAUUACUACAAUAGACGCAGUAACUUAAUUGACGCCAACGAAAAUGAACUCUUCAUUCCAACAGUGAUCGAAAGCCAAGGCUCCAGAUUGCUCAAUAAAAGUUGCAAUAAUGAUGCGCAAGUUGGACACGCUAUUGUGAAUAAACGCACAUCUACUGUUUCAUCGAAAAUUCGAACAAACGACGUUGGCACCGAAAGGAAUCAUGCUUUGCAGGUCGAAAAUAGCAUGACACCUAGAUCAAUAAGAGAAAUGGCUGAAUCGAGUGCGACUGCAAAAUCAUUGGGUUAUAAGAGAUCACCAAACCACUUGAAGAUGAAAAAGCAACACAAGUGCGAAUUUUGUGAAUAUUCCAGCAAUCGAAAGGGACACCUAAAAGUGCACACGCGUACCCAUACCGGCGAGAAACCGUAUCAAUGUGAUAUUUGCCGCAAAGAAUUCAACCAGCUGCAGAACCUUAAGAGACACAAAAAGACUCACAUCCAACAGCUGCCGUUCCAUUGCCGAGGUUGUUUGAAUGGAUUUUCCCAGAAGGCCGAAAGAGAUGCCCAUGAAGAAGUGUGCAAAAGACGUCG